AGCUAGGUUGACGGACUGACCUGAUAGCUGGCACGAAGUCCAGAUGGGUCGAUGGGCUAACCGGACGUCUGACAAGUAAGUUAAGAUAAGUCACUGGAGAGGAAUGACUUGGUGAGGAUACGUUCCCGAUUAAGGAACUUAGGCACUGAUCCAACUUAGAACCAUUUCAGAAAUCUAAGUUGAGAUCUUAAUUAGAUUCCGGUCUCGGUGAGACAAAAUCUAAUGACUACUCUUUUAUUAUAACUGUGCUAGCACUUUAUUUUACAGGAUAGUAUAAUUUGCAUUUGCCUCAGAGUAACGUUUUCUUGCAAGAAGUUCCAGGCGCUCGGAAUGCAAAUUCUAUCUCCUCGCACUCAUCACAACGUGGAGCGCUCUGGUUGGCUGAGCUACGUCAGAGUCCAGGGGGAUCCGGGCGCCCGGAGCUUGCUAUAUAGGAGGGUGAGCCCUGGAACAAAACAACAACAACGUCUUCCAACCACUGCUCUACUGCACUGUGCUCCUGCGACGCUGCUUCUCCGACAACUUGCUGCUAAAAUCUUCUUUCUUUUAUUGUUGUUGGUAUUUUCUCUUUAAAGUUCCUGUAUUUACAUUUGUAACAUUUUUAUUAACUGCUAGUGAUUGCCUAACGAAAGCACUCGACGAGUGCGGGCCUUGGAGUAGAAGGCUUCGAACCAAGUAAAUUAGUUCGUGCUAGCAUUGUUUUAUUUUUCUUUUCCGCUGUGCACUCGAUUUUGCUAUGAUAUUUUUUCAAUCGCUAUUAACCCCCCCCCCCCUCUAGCGACUUUUCACGAUCCAACAAGUGGUAUCAGAGCAGGUACCGUUCUGAUUUGGUGCAACCAUCAGUCAGACAAAGGGGGGUGAAAUUCUUUUUCAGUUUAUUUCGGCUUUAAGUUUUACGUUAUAAUCCAAACUGGUAUCAUUACAUUUUUGGAAGUUUUUCGUAGCAAUUAAACUGAACUGGUGCAACACCAAUUCAGUUUUAGAUUCUUUUUAAUUUAUUCCCGCACUACUAAUCCAAGUCCAAGUAUUGAGAUUUCUCUCCUCGUUUUCUUGUGUACAAGAUCUAUAGCCUUGAACGAAGGAUAUAACACUGUCCGUCCCCUUCUAUUCAACGGUGAUGACUUUCCCUACUAGAAGAAGUGAAUGGAGAUUUAUCUAAAGACCGACUUCGACCAGUGGUUUAGCGUCACCAGAGGCUACAGGGCGUCGAUCGACAACUCCGGAAAUCCACUGGACCCAUAACAGUAGACUUCGAACAUGAAAAAGAAAGUCUUAACAGACUUCAAAGUCCUCAACACACUACAAUGCGGGCUGACGAGAGAAGAGCUGAACCGAGUGGGUCCACACCAAAAUGCGAAGGAAUUAUGGGACAAGCUAGUCGAACUACACAAAGGAACGAGCGACGCCAAGGUAACUAAAUGAAGGAUAUAGCUCAGGUAGAAACACUAUUAGAAGUGUCAAAUGGGACAGCAAAGGGUUGGCAGCUGCUAUUGCACAAAACGUGGACACUGGAGCUAUUUUGAUGCUGGGUUUUGCCAACAAAGAAGCACUCGCAGUUACCAUUGCGUCUCAGAAGGCAACUUUCUACAGUAAAUCAAGGUCAACCUUGUGGACGAAGGGAGAGACCUCUAUGAAUUUCAUAAAUGUCCAUGACAUUUUUCUUGAUUGUGAUCAUGAUUCAAUCAUAUACCUUGGGAAGCCUCUUGGACCAACCUGCCAUACUGGAGUAGAGACCUGUUACUAUUCGUCUGUAUAUGAUCUUUUGGAUGAUCAAGAGUCCAUCCAAGAUCAUCUAGCAUCUACAACCUUAUACUCAUUGGAGGCUACAAUUUCACAAUGCAAGGAUGAAAUCGACUCAUUGAAAAAUGGAAAAUCAUCAUGGACGAAGAAGUUGCUUCUUGACAACGAGUUACUUUGCUCCAAAGUCAGAGAAGAGGCCUCAGAGCUCGUAGAAACAUUGCUCCAAAAUGAAGACAAGACUCGAACUGCAUCAGAGAUGGCAGAUCUGAUAUACCAUGCAACGGUAUUGCUCAAGCUUAAGGAUGUAAAAAUGGAGGAGGUCCUUGAAGUCCUUAGAAAAAGAUUCUUGAAGUAAGAAUUAUAUUAUGCAUAGACAUUCAAAUUUCCUAAUUUUAUAAUCACCUGUAUGAGUUUAAUGUA